AUGGCAACUUCUUUGUCAAAUGAAACUUCUUCAGCUUCUCUUGUUGAGCUUUCUCAGACAUCUCAGCUUCCUGGCUCUUCAAAUGUUAAUUCCUCAAAUUAUGGGUAGUCUUCGAAGCCAGUAAAUUCUGAUGCGAAAGUGACAUACACAGGUAGCUAAAAUUCAAACUCUCAGAGUUCCAAUUGUGGUGCUGGCAGUUCAGCUGCUGCAAACUCAAGUAACUACUCUGGAGUCCAAACCUCCGGCUAUGGUAAGACAAAAAACGGAGAUACCUUGUAUUCCUCUAACACGCCAAGUUACGGGACUCAGUCCUCUAAUAUGAUACCGAGCUCUGCUACAAUAGGAUAUCCUUUUUUCUGCCAUAAUUAGUAUUUUUCGAGUAUGGCUCAGAGUCAGACAUCCACUUAAUUUAAUAAUUAUUCUAGCUCCAGUAUUGGCUAGAGUUCUAUGCAGUCGAAUGCAGGAACUCAGUCGACACAGGCUAGCAGAAGAGCAGGCAAAAAGAAGGCACUACCCAUCUAAUAAUAAAACCCAGAAACACGUCUAUUCUUUCAUCUAAGAAGACAGGAAACUUAGGCCCAGUAAAACAGAGGAUCGUCACAUUUUUACAAACCAAAGAAUCCUCCUUCUUUAAAUGAAUGGUUCAAAAAGCUGAGUAUCGAAGAGAGAGUGAACGCCAUGAGUACUGUUAAUCCCCACUUGAUAGAAAACUUUCAAAUAAUGCAUUAAAAGAUUGAUACAAGUGGUUUGAGUUUCUUCGCAUUAAGGGAAAAAUAAAAUUACAUGGGUGACUAUAAGAGUUACAACAGUGCAACUUCAUAGUAACAAUAUUAGCUAUUCCAAUACUAAAACUUCUCUCAAAUCAUUUCAUCUGAUAAUGGGGAAGAUACUUUACUGUUUGAUAAGCAAUUCUACCACAGAGUUCAGAGUGAAUACGAAAUAGAUAAGGAUUUAGUACAAGAUGCAGAACUAUUUUUCAAAUUGAUGGGAUAUGCAACAGAGAGUCUAGCGUUCUCUAAUCCAUCUCAAUUUUUCUAUGAUAACAAGAACUUACAAAAUCUGAUAGAGUAUCCGGGAUGGUUCAAACCUAAAAGCUUUUAGAGUUUUGCUACCUGGGUUAUAGUUACUUUGGAAGAAAACAUCUGGGCACAUUAUAAUUAUGACAAUAACACCAAUUUGGGAAAUGCUAAGUUGAAUGAACUCUCAGGUUUAUUCCGCGAAAAAACUGAGAGAGGAGCGUAGGACGUUGAUAUAGCCAAACUUUCAAAUUUCUGGCGAGACAUGCCUGAAAAUGAAAAGAAGAACCUCAUUUCGAAUCUUUAGAUAAACUCUCUGAAGGAAAUUGAGCAAUAUGAGAGCAAUUUGAGUCAGAGUGGAGGAGGUUACUCAACCAAAACUUCAAAAAGCGGUACCUCAAAGAAUAUGCAUAUGCAGAUGUUAAUCAAAGAGAAGAAAGAAUAAAAUGAUAAGUCCUCACUUUAGCAAUAGCUGGAAUAAGAGUUGUAGUACUAUAUUGACAUGUCACAGAGAGAAGGAUAUGAGCAGGAAAUGAUGGACACCCUUACUUUUAUGAAGUUUGAGAACACCCAUCAUCGCCAAGUUUUGAUAUGCAAAACUUACCUUGAUUUAAUCAAGCGAAAGUACAAAGAUGAUUUAAUGGAGAAUCUAUUAUUGGAGGAAUCUGCAAAGCAGAAUAAGAAUAUUAAUUAGUCAGCUCAAGGUCAGGGCAAAAAGAAAAAGAAGAAGAAUGCAGCUGCAAACCAGUAACAAUAAAGCAAUUAGAACCAAUCUGAUAAGUAGUUAGGAAAUUAAGAUACUGUUGAUGUUUAAAAUUUAAGCAUCGAUUAUCAAGAGGAUAAUAAUUAGAGGCCUCAAAUGCCAGUUGCUAAAGCUAACAAAAAGAAAGUCAAAAACUCUACCGAUUAAUCGAGUAAUGCAAAUGAAGGCUUCAAUAAACAGGUAAGUAGCAACAAUAGUGGGAUCUAUAAUGAAUAGAGCACCGCUAAUUUUAACUCUGGGUAACAAAACAACAGAAAGAAAAACAAGAAAAAUAAUUAAAAUAAUAUGAAAACUUAAUAAUAUCCUGAUUAGGAUAAUUAGGUUAACGUUUCUAUAAACUAGGAUUCACACUCUUGUGAUGAAUAGCAAACUAAUACUGAUUCUCAAACCAUUGAGUUAGAAUCUAAUGUUAAAUGUUCAUCUCUGGGAUUGAAAAGCUCCUCCAAUAUUUAUGAUAACACAACAGCUCACUAGUCAAACAAUAGUAAUAGCAACUCCUCAGCAACUAUUACCUCAACUAUUCAGAACAAUGCUGAAAGCAUUCUCCAAAUCUAAUCAUCAAAGUCUCUCGAUGUAAAGCCAACAAAUCCUCACAAACAAUAGCAAUCGAACACAGGUUACAAAUAAUAGAAAGCAGUAUCAAAGAUUGAGUCUAAAAACUUCUAGAUAUUGCAGGGGUAGAAUUCUGAAAAUGAUAAAAGAAGUAAGGGGGAGAAGAAGAUCAAAUAGACUAAUAUCCACAACAUUCAUCAAGAUAAUGUCAUAUUUUCAGAGGAUGAUAGAUAAUCAAAGAAACUGUUCAACACUAAGGAAUAAGUCCUUACAUCAGAAAGUGAAAAUGAUAGCAUGGAAGUAAUAUUCAAAUAUGUGAAGGAAUUGACUGAUGACAUGAUUAAUAAAGUUUGCUUACUCUCUGAGAGAACAAACAGUAAAUCAUCUACUCGGGAAGAACUUAACAUUAACAAUGAAAAAUCGUAUGAACCACCUGAAUACUAUAAAUUAGGAGCAGUUUAGCCAACACAUUACAAUCAAAGGAAGAAGUCCUUCUACAAGAAUAAAAACAACAAUAGAAAGUAAAACAAUCAGCAUAAUUAUGCAAAUGAACCAUACCACAGUAAUUCUAAUUAAAUUGAGCAUUAUCAUCACAAUAAUAAUUCUCAUCACAAUCAUGGUAACUAAGCUUACUAGUACACAUCAAGUGGAGGCAGCAAUUUAAACAGUGCUAGUGGAAACAAUAGCCAAUAGUAGUCAUAUGGGGACAAGAGAAAAAUAUCCUUCAAUAACUCUAAAAAGUGUUUCAAGGAUGACAAGAAGUUCAGUGAGGAUUUCGCUGAAAACAUAAGUAAUACUUCAUAUUCAAAGAACCAUUCAAUCUAAUCUAUUCCUGACAGCAAUUCCAACUAGAUCCUUGAGGAUUCAUAUCAUGAUAGAAAGGAUAAUAAUUAGACAGAUCAAAUCAAUAAUAAGUUGAUGAAUAAUGCCCAAAACAAAUCACAGAGAAAGGGAUUUGGCAUUAAUCUCAAGUAACAAGAAUCAAAGCAAGAAGAAAAGAGUAUUUAGAAGCAACCUCAAAGUAAUCAUUAAUAUGAAGAUAGUAGGAAUGUAAAGAAUAAUUAGUAACAGGAGAGUGAGCCACAUCAAGCAUGGGCAAAGGGAACUGCGAAAUAACCCGAUCCAGUAAAGUAAAAUAAGAAUAAAGAUAACCAUCACAACAAAAAUCAGCACAAAAAUGCAAACAUUGAUAAUCAGAAUUCAAACCAAAAUUAAGAUAUAAACUACCAGAACUCUAAGUCUAAUCAGAAAACUGAUUAAUCUGAUAACAUUACUAACGACGAUGAAUAGAGUUAAAGUGAAAGCCAGUAAAAUAAAAAAGGAAGGAGAAAUAGAAAGAAGAAGUAAAUGAACAACAUCGAUAUCAUGAACAGCUUUAUGAGAAAUUUAUAAGCCUCUUAAGAUGAAGUCAAGCUUGCACUUGAAUAAAAAACUCAAGGGUAGUUCAAGAAAAAACCCUAGAAUAACGGUGGUGCUAAUACAGCAAAUGCUAACAGUAGCCACUACCAAAAAGUAAAUCACAACAAGAACUAAAAUACUGAUACCUAAUCUGAAAAGACUAGCAACACCUAAAAAAUCGAGCACUCUUAUCAAUCCCAGCCUCAGUAGCAUAAUCCAGAAUAAAGAAAUAACCAGACUAAAUAGUAAAAUCAAUACAAGCAAAAACCUCAAAAGUAAAAUCUAAACCAGUCUAAUGUUACAAGUUCAAGCGUUAAUACUCAAGUCAGUGCACCUAUAAUCUUAUUGUAGAAACCUAAAGAUAACUCUUAAAAGCAAUAUUCAGAACAUAGGCCAAGUAUUGAUACAAAUGACCCAGAUUCAUAAUUGAAUUCUAGCUCUAAUACUCAAAACCAAAACAGAUAAAAUCAUCAGCAUAAGUAUAACAACUCUUCAUAAAAUAACCACAGAACUAAUAAUAAGAACUAUUCUAAUGGAUAAAAAUCCGUUACUAAGUUCUAAAAACAUUAAUCUCAUAAUCAAAAGUUGAUAGAAAGAUAAAAUGAUGAAUUAGAAUCUAUUUAGAGCAAUAAAGCUGAUUGUAUAAGUGAUAAGAGCUCAAAGUCCUUUAAUGAAAAAGUUUUGAGCUCUGAAACGCUAAACAAUCUAAACUAGAAAGCACCUCCCUUCAAGUAAUUGAAGUUCUUUCAAAAUAAAGAUUUUGACAAUAAUUCAUUGACUGAUGCUACUGUAACUUCCAACACCGCUGCAGAUACCUCCCUAGAAAACUGCAUUAAUCACAUUGAGGAAUGCAAAGAUCCCAUAAACAUUCAAGAUUAGGAAAGUCAUAUCCAAAUCUCUCUAACAGACAGUAUCGAUGCACAAAACCUCCUUAAAAACAAUACCUUUGCCUAUACUUUCUAGCAGUUUUCAACAAAACUUAUAGAGUCUACAAAGUAGUAGACACUCUAAGAAAUAAAGGAUGCUGCUACAAUUCCACCAAUAUUGCAAAGUCCUUAAUCACUUUAAAACAUUCAAUCGAAUGUGUUCACUCCUUAGUACAUGCAGAUUAAUCAAAUGAACUAAUUCAAUCAAACCAUCUCAAAUUUUGACUUCAAUGAAAAGAUUCCUUCUCAAAACACUGGAUAUUAAUCUUUUUCAAACACUCCUCAAAAAGGCUAAAUGAAUCCUCAGAAAAAUCCCUUCAAACCUUAAACUAUUCCUCUCUCAUCUCAAAUGAGUUAGAACAGUUAAGAAUCUGGACAAAACUACAGAACUCCCCCUCAAAUUUCCAAGAAAACUAGCAAUUAAUAUAAUUACAGUAACAAUGGUACAUACAGGAAAUCUCAUGGAAAUAACACCCAAUAAAAUUAGACUCAAAAAUCUUAUCAAGUUAAAGAGUACUAUCAGCCUCAACCGAAGUAAAGCCAAGGGUAUAUAUAGCCGAUCCCAGUUCAAUAAAUGAUAUAAGAACCCUAAUUCAUUCAUUAAUACUAAGAUCCAAAUAUGAUGUAUUAUCAGGAUUAAUCGAAUUACAUGAGCUAAAAUCCAUUAAUGGAUGCUUUCACUCAGAGACCUCAAGAGUAAAUCUUUCAAUAUGUAGAGAAGUCAGCUCCCCAAAAUAUGAAUAUUCCUUAAUAAAUCCCAUAUUACUAGCCAAACCCAAUGAUAUAAAACUUCAGCCCUAUAUUGAUGCCGCAACAAGACUAAAUUAAUAUGCCCUUUAACUACAACAAAAGAUAGUAUUCUUAUAAUUAAUAUGAUUAAGGAUCAGAUCUAAUUAUGUAGAUUUGCAACUCAAUCAAGUUCAAUCAACAAUCUCUAAGCCCUAUUCCUCAUAUCAUCAACUCUCCUCCUCCUUUGAUUGAUCAAUACUCAAUGAACUAGAAUUUUGAUGGUUCAUAAAUGCCCUUGAGAAUGGACUCAGAUGCACUUUAAAUUACUGAAAAUGCUUUCUAUGAAUAAUUUGAUAAGGAAAUUGAAGCUCAUACUAAAAGUAUUUCGUCAAAUUUAGAAUUGCUCAAACCUGAAAGAGACUUUGUCUACAAUAAAAUCUUGAAAAUUUCACAAGAAGUAUAUGUUGGCUAAAAACCUGAGCUGCAAAUGUUUGGCUCCUUAAUCACCGGACUCGCUCUUGAGUCGAGUGAUAUGGACUUAGCAGUGAUUGGAUUACUCAUAGACGACAGAUAAAGUUUGAUUUGGGAGCUGAACAAGCUUGCAAACUAACUUUAAACUUGGCAAUGUCUAGAAAGUUUCAAAUCUAUUGAAACUGCUUCAAUCCCUAAAAUUGAUUUGAUCAGACUCAGAGAGUAAGAAAUGGCAAGUAUCAUAGGAAUAGACUUUGAGUCUAGACCUAUAAAUGAAGAACUUCGAUACUUAAGCGUAGAUAUCACAUUUGAUGAUUCAUCGAGUAGCUAAAACUUAAAUGCAAUGAGUCAAAACUACUUCACUGAUAUUAUGGGUACAAUGAACAAUACAAAGACUCAUCUUGGACUCCAAAGUUGCUCACUUGUUUAAUACUAUAUUGCUAAUUACCAAAAUUUGAAAGAGGUCUCAAUUCUUUUGAAAAAAUUCUUGGCAAUCCACAAAUUUAAUUCACCUUAUUAUGGUGGUAUAAGUUCAUACAGCACAGUAAUACUAUUAGUAGCAUACAUGAAUUAUUUUGGCUUGAGAGGAAAUCACAACCUUUCCUCCUCGAGACUAUUAAUGGGCUUCCUAGAUUUCUAUGGAAACUACUUUAAUCCCUCAAGUUGGGGUAUAAAUGUUAAUAAUGAAAGCAUGCUUGACUCAAACAUCGUUAUAUUGGAUCCGCUUAACUUAUCAAACAACACCACAAGAAACAGUUACCUCACUAAAGACAUUCUUUUGAAGUUCCAGUAUAAAGGAUCUCCUCUUAUCAAAAACUACUAGAACUCUGGUAUUACGAACCAAAAUUUCUGGCAGUAUGGUCAUGAUUUUGAGGUUUAGAAGUCGCAAGAGGAGAUUGAGGCCAGCAACUUGAUGAAUAGCGAAAAAGUACUGUCUUAAAUGACAGAAUCAGUCAACGAAUUACCACCAUUCAGUCAAGUUAACUUGCUUGAGACAUUUUUUGCUUCAGAAACACAGCCGAUAAUUGCUAUUAGCAGAGAGUCUUCAAGUCAAUAAGAACCAAUUAACCUGAGUUUGGGCACUUCUUAAAGUAGCGUAGGCAUAAAUGGAAUGGUCUGA